CGCAAAGGUGUCUCCUCUUUUCCAUGAAUUUUCUUGCAUUUUCAUUUUCAGGCGGAAACUGCCAAGAAACCUUCCCCAAUCAAAACAAGCACAAAACAGCCUUACAAUCAAUUAAACUAUGAAUCAAAACCCCAAAAAACAGUUCACAUUUUAAUAAUCAAUUAAAUAGACAAAGCCACCCACCCACUGCGCUCAUUGCUCUGAUUAAAAUACAAGAAACAACAACAAAUCAACAAUGGUAGUACUAGUAGCUCAUCACAUCACUCUCUCGAUACCCAAUCACAAACCUCCUAAACCCAAAUCACAACUACAACCCAAUCGAUCAUCUCUACUCUCUCUCCAAUCCAAAUGGGUCCAAAUGGGUUCUCUCUAGUCUCCUCCUUUUCCCCUCUCUUCCCCCUCAAACCCAGAUGCCCAAUUUCACUACCCACUUCCCAGAUUCCAUCCGGCGGCGCAAAGACGGUGAUGUCGUGUGAGACGCCGACGGCGGCGGCGGCGACACAAACGAGUUUUGGGUUCAAGAAUUUGAUGGAAACUUUCACUGUUGAUGUUCAGAGAGCUGAGGGGAGGCCACUGAAUGUGCCUUUAAUUGCUCCUUUUACGAUUGCGUCAUCGAGGGUUGAGAAGGUAGAGAAUGUGGCGAUUCGGAUUGAGUUGAGUAAUGGGUGUGUUGGGUGGGGUGAGGCUCCGAUUCUGCCAUCGGUGACAGCGGAGGAUCAGCCGACGGCGUUGGCGAAGGCGGCGGAGGCUUGUGGGUUUUUGAGGCGGAGUCCGGCGAUGACUUUGGGUUCUGUGUUGGGGGAGAUUGGUGGGGUUCUUCCUGGUCAUGAAUUUGCUUCUGUUAGGGCGGGAAUUGAGAUGGCAUUGAUUGAUGCAGUUGCUAACAGCAUUGGCAUACCUUUGUGGAGACUAUUUGGUGGAGUUUCAAAUACUGUCACCACUGAUAUAACAAUUCCAAUUGUUUCCCCAGCUGAAGCUGCUGAAUUGGCUUCAAAGUAUCAGAAACAAGGAUUCAAGACUUUGAAGCUUAAGGUGGGAAAGAAUCUAAAUGGAGACAUAGAAGUGCUGAAAGCCAUACGCAUGGUCUACCCUGAUUGCUUGUUUAUCCUGGAUGCUAAUGAGGGUUACACCUCCAACGAAGCUAUUCAAGUUCUUGAAAGAUUGCAUGAAAUGGAGGUGAACCCAGUUCUCUUUGAACAACCAGUUCACAGAGAUGAUUGGGAGGGUCUUGGUCAUGUUUACCGUAUUGCAAAAGAGAAGUAUGGGUUAGCCGUUGCUGCUGAUGAAAGUUGCCGAAGUUUAGUUGAUGCUAAGAAAAUAGUCAAAGAAAAUCUUGCAGAUGUCAUUAACAUUAAGCUUGCCAAAGUUGGGGUUCUUGGGGCUCUCGAAAUUAUUGAGGUAGCAAGAUCAUCGGGAUUGAAUCUGAUGAUUGGUGGCAUGGUUGAGACUAGAUUGGCCAUGGGUUUUGCUGGUCAUCUUGCUGCUGGCCUUGGGGGUUUCAAAUUCGUUGACCUAGACACGCCCCUGUUGCUGUCAGAAGAUCCAGUGCUUGAGAGUUAUGAAGUUUCUGGUUCCAUAUACAAGUUCACAAAUGCUAGAGGUCAUGGUGGUUUCCUUCACUGGGAUAAUAUUAUGUGAUAUUUAUUACAUUGGUUCUCCUCAAAUUUCCUCUGCAAUUGAUGAGGCAACUUAUGAGGUCCUUUGCUUUGUCACGUAUGCUUCUCUAGUUUAAUAAGACUCCCAAACAGGCCUUAGCUUUCUGCACGGCUUUCUGACAAAUGAAGAAAUUGAAGGCGCGAUAGAGGCAGGCUAGCACUGGGAAAAUGUUAGUUUUAUGUCGAGAUAAUUUGCAUUAGUUUGUUGGAAACUUGUAAUGUGAUAUGUUAGUGCAAAUAUUUUCACCUCUUGUGCAUAUCUUUAGACAGUCUGUUCAAAUUAUGGAUAUUACACACAUGAUACUGAACCGGAACUUUGUUUUUCAUGUUGGUCAAGUUAAUUUUCUCAGCAGUGCAGUGAUGGAAAAUGAUUAAUCGGUCUCUCCAUA